UGACUCAAUUCCUCCAAUCUCCCAACUAUAACUAUGUCUUAUACAACGGGUGUAACUUGUAAGUAAAAACCUUCCCUUUGUUCACUUCCAUUGGUUCCAUUGUGCUACUCCGGUCUUGUUGAUACUUGAUACACUAUAUCUUGGCAUGUUGCAUGAUCAUGUGGCUGGUCAUGGAGAAGGAACAAAUGAUGAUGAUGAUGUUAGGGACAUCCACGCCGUGACCCCGCCACCACCACCCCGGCCUCCGCCGCCUCCGCCACCGAUGUCCGUUCUAUCCAGGAGAAGAGAGGCCUGGGAGACUAGUAGCCACUUAUCAUCAAAUCUGUCUACAACCGCUGGAUUUUCGAUUGGGGAUUCCACUGCGAUGAGUAGAGAAUUUGGUGCAAUGGUACUAGCUGGGCCGGUGACAGAGAACGGUAGCGAUGAGUCCAAUCUGGCGAGGAUCGGGGAGGAGCCGGAGGAAAUGAAUCCGCUCGCGAUCGUCCCGGACACCCCACAAGUGGACCACAUCCCAUCAACGGGCCAUCUGAGUGGGCCAUCGACGAACAACAGCAUGGAGGAGGUGUCGAUGCAUAGUGUGAAGAAGGAGGAGAUUGAAUCGAAGAUCAUGGCUUGGCAGACGGCUAAGAUCUCUAAGGUGAACAAUAAGUUCAGAAGGGAGGAUUCCAUCAUCAACGGUUGGGAGAGCGAAGAGGUCCAGAAAGCGUCUAGUUGGAUGAAGAAAGUUGAGAGGAAGCUGGAUGAAAAGAGAGCCAAAGCCCAAGAGAAAAUGCAAAAUAAGGUGGCGAAAGCUCACCAGAAGGCUGAGGAGAAGAGGGCAUCUGCGGAGUCUAAGAGAGGAAUGCAAGUGGCUAAGAUCCUUGAACUAGCAAAUGUGAUGAGGGUUGUGGGCAGAGAUCCAUCCAAACGCUCCUUCUUCUAACCACCUAACCAUGCUCACCCCCUUGGGUGCAAUACUUCACCUUUGGACUUCUGAAGUGUGGCACACCAUGUAAAUGUGUUUUGGAUUGUGUUGUAGGUGGAUGAUUUUGAACACUUAGAUGGGCUUGUUUAGCUUGCUUACAGUAUUUAAUUGGAUGGCUUAUUAUUAUUAUUUUUGUUGUGGUUGGACCCGUGACCACAGAUUGCAAAAUGGGCAUCGCACCCAGUUGAGCAAUGGGUUCAAUCCGUUUGAAUAGAUUAGGCUGUGUUUUCUUUGGACUUCUCUUUUUUGCAUUGGAGUCCCAGCUCCCAACUUUGACUCAUGGGGCUGUUUUUUCGGGGAUAGAACUGGUCUUCAUCCUCGCGUGUUCGGUAGUUUUGGUUGAUUUUGUGUUGUGGGAGUAUGGUUUAUGUCCCCUCCCUUUAGUUGUACAUUUCUGUUUAUUUAAUAAAUUUUAGUUGGUGCUCCUGGAAGAA